GCUUAAAUCCGCUAACACGAGAGUUCGAAUGGAAAGAAGUUAUUCCUCUAGAAUUUAGACUCAAUACUAUACUUAAAUAUCAUUCGGAACCUACCGCUGCCCACUUAGGAAUAUAUAAAACGCAUAAACGGCUUUCUUUAAAUUAUUUUUGGCCCGAUAUGCAUCGCGAUGUAGUUAAAUUCGUUUCAAGUUGCGAUAUCUGUUGUGCUCAUAAGCAUGCUACUCAUGCUACUCUUGGCGUCAUGGGCCGUCCUAAAGACUGCUCACGCCCUUUUCAAAUGUUAAGCAUGGAUCUCAUAGGUCCUCUACCUCCUUCUAGACAACAGAAUACUUUUAUAUUCGUUGUGACAUGCUGUUUUUCAAAGUAUUCUCUUUUAUUUCCCAUUAGACGCGCAACUUCCGAGAUUAUAGCAAAACUAAUCGAGGAAAAAGUUUUUUUAGUUCAUGGCAUUCCCAGUACUGUUCUCAUGGACAAUGGUAAACAAUUCACGAGUAAUGUAUUAAAGAAGUUGUUUAGUGAUUAUAAUGUGCCUAAUGUAAGAUUCACGCCUAAAUAUAGCCCACAAGUUAACACCGUUGAACGUUACAAUAAAGUUAUCGUUACAGCAGUGUCAUCUUAUAUAGAAAAUGAUCAUAGGUUCUGGGACAUCAAUCUACCUAAAAUUCAAUUCGCUAUGAACACAGCUGUAAAUGAGGUGACAAAGUAUAGUCCUGCAUUUCUUGUCCAUGGCCGAGAAUUAGUCACUAGCGGUUUACACUAUAUCGAUGUUGAACUGGACGACGAAAUAAUUUUUGCCCCUAGAGAUGAAUAUGCCGAGAAUAUAGGUCAUUUGCGAAAAAUAUUCGACAAAGUCCAAUCCUCUCUAGUUCAAUCCCAUACUAGGAAUAGUGAACACUAUAAUCUACGCCGUAGGGAUCACCAUUUCAAAGUUGGCGAUGUAGUUUGGAAGAAAACGUUUUACCUUAGUGACAAAAGCAACAUGUUUUCCAAGAAACUAGCUCCUAAGUAUGUCCAGUGUAAAAUCGUAGCUAAGAAAUCUAAUUUAGUAUAUGAACUAGAAGACAUGCAAGGGAACAAUUUAGGUGACUGGCAUAUUAAAGAUUUUAAAUUGACUAAUUACAAAGUUUAACUGGACUGCAAUAAUCAUCUAUCAAUAAUUUCUGUAUUAAUUGUCUAAAUUUAAUUAUCAAUCUCAUAACACGUGCUUGUAAACGCUAGUGUACUUCCGAAAUAUCCUAAUAUUCUAUCACUAUUAAACAUUACAAACCCCUACCGGUUUGAAAAGGUUAUUACCUACAAAAUAAAUUGGUUAGCAAGUUUUUUACAGAGACAUUAAUUUGAUGGAUUCGAUUACACCAUUAAUAAUUUUAACUGAGGUUGAUGAUUAAACUAAGUGAAGAACCAUUAAUAUAUACAUAAGAGUAUGUAUACAAUCGUAAAAGUAUAAUACUCAGUCUGUUAGGACGCGAAAACAUAAAUAGAAAUGUUUAUUGCUUAUCUGCUUGUGUGAAGAAUGAAUGAAGUGGAGGAGUAUGAUGAGAUGGAGGUAUGUUUGAUAGUUGUGUAUAUAUUGAGCAGACGACAGAAAUAGCGGGUUUUCCCAGAAAAAACCCUAACCUAAAAAGAGGGGUAUGUAACGGUUUACCGUUAUCUCUAACAAAAAUCCUAUUAAAUAAAAAUAAAUAAUUAACCAAAAUAUAACUAUAAACUACUAUAAUACAUUUUUACAUACAUUCUUCUAAAUAAAAUAUUUUAAAACUUAAAAAAUAAAAAACAAUGUAAAAUAAAUAUACGUACAAACAGAAUUGACGAUUGCAUUUGUUAUUAGUUAAAACUAGAUGCGAAUACAAAAGACUACGUCACCGCUCCAGAUAAGCGAUAGGCGCUGGUCAACGUAUGAGGCGCAUUCGCGCUCGCAUUCCCUACCACGGCUCCGACAGCGAAAGGUCAAGUUACCUAAAACUCUCAUAACGUCAGACGACAUGGAGUGACAAAUUUAUUUUAAUUUUUAAUUUUUACUACAAUUAAAUGUGUUAAGUGCCAGUUUUUCCCCAAAUAGGGGAACAAGUCUGGGGUCGUUAACUGGACCCACAAUUUGGAUGCGCGCGCGCCUGCACACGUUCCGGAAGGUUCCGGAAAGAAGACUGGCGGUCCGGAACGGC